AUGAAGUUCCUAUGCCUGCCAGGUGCAUACGGGAGUGCGGAGAAAUUCCAAGUACAACUCGCGCCGCUUGUCAAUGAGCUCACGGGCGACAAGUCGGCCGAGUUCCAUUUCAUCAAUGGGCCAUGCGAAGCUGUCCCGCCCAAGGGUUUCGAGGAUUUCUUUGGAAAACCGCCAUUCUACCGAUUCAUCGAGCCCGAUGACAAGACGAGCGAGGAGACCGACCCUCUGUCACGUAUUCGAGACUUCCCAGAAUGCGAUACGCCCGAGGAAACCAUGAGGGAGCUGAUGAAAGAGGGCGUGGCCAGCUGCAUUCUGAGUACUAUAGCUGCCAUUGACUAUCUUUUCAGAAUCAUGGAAAAAGAGGGCCCAUUUGAGGGAAUCAUUGGCUACUCUGAAGGAGCAACCGUUGCUGGAACAUUGUUAUUAGCUGAGCAGCGGAGACGCGAGCUCGAGGGAAGAGAGCCCAUGAUUAAAUGCGCCAUCUUCUUCGCUGGAUGGCCACCAUUGGACCCCAGCACUUUUGCCAUGGUUCUGUCCGACGAGUCUGAGGUGAUGAUUGACAUUCACACUUGUCACAUCAUCGGGUCACUGGAUCCCUACGUUGGAGGCUCCUUGGCACUAUAUAACACGUGCGAUCCCGACGUCGCUUACAUGUUUGACCACGGGAAGGGACACACAUUGCCAAGAGAGAAGGCCGUGAUCAAGGAAUUGGGUGAUGUCAUAAGAAACAUGAUCACAGAAGCAACUGGGGCGUAG